GUGGCAGACAGUUCCAUUCGAAUGAACUAUUGCUUAGCAACGAAUUUCGCCGUUAAGUUCCCCUAACACUCUGCCUAACACUCUUCACCCAAAUAACAACCGACCCCGACCCCGACAGACACCAAACUAAAAAUAACUCGGCUUGACGUAUUUGGGUACUUUAAAAGUGCAGAUAAUCACGGUCGAAAUGGCGUCGUCUCCCGCUGGCUCUUCUAGCCAGCAACAACCUACAUUCUCGCAUACCAACGGCAAGAAGACAACCAUGGCAGACCCAUACGGAGAUAACCUGCCUAACACCAGCGGUGCCAACACUGCACCAAGCAAGAAAAGAAGCCUAUCUAUAUUUGAUGUCGAUAUCGAUGCGCAUAGCCGAUCCUAUUCCUCCACGCCCGCAUCUGAAUACCCUGCUGAAUCAUCACUCGCCCGCAGCGCCGCCCGGUAUACCAACCUUUCUGCCCUGGAUACAUCUCACCCUCCUAGCCCUGACUUUAAGUUACGUGAGCAGGGACUUGACCACCAGAUCAGCGUUUCUACAUUAAGUACAUUGGCAAAUGACGCGAUAGUUUAUCCCGUGACAAUAAAGUGGCCGUUGCAAGGACAAGCCUUCGCUGAACAACCAACCCAACCACCUCCGUACAAAGAGGUAGAAGAUGUGAAGCCGGAGUCACCUUAUGUUAACGAAGCAAAGCGCUUUGCACCUGCUGUGUCGGGUCAAAAUUAUCUGCACGGAACACAGCUUUCGUCCAACUAUCGUGGUCAAAGCAGCAGCAGUCAGCAACAGGAUAAUCAAGGAAAGCCGGAUACACUGAAAGAAAGCAGUGAACCCAGACCGGCAAGCAAUCAGUCAAAUGGGCCUGUGAAGGGAAAGAGAGACAGGAUUUGGCCCUGGAAGAAGGGAACGUGCCGCAAGAUCGCAGGUGAUACUUGGCAAAAUAUAAAGGCCUUUUUCGGACACGACGCGACGCCGAAGCGAUCACGGGGCCCCUCUGGAUCCCAUCAGGGGAGACCUGCCCCUAAGGACCCCUACGACAAUGGCUUCCUGUCUGCGCCUAGGAGCACCCCGUGUCCCAUCUCGAAGAAUAAAGGGACACCACGAUCGAACGCCAAGGCAAAUGGCGAGGGAUCCGGCAAGAAGACCGCCAGGAGCGCAAGAAAGUGGCUUUCCAAGCUAUUAUAAGCCCGCGAGAUACGGGAUAUGGGUGCCUUGCUCAAGGCGCCAUGUACGAUAGCAGCAGGAGUAGAGUCGUCCGGUUAGAAGCCGUGG